GUUAGAGUGUGGGGGCUGGGAGCCAGGACUCCUGGGUUCUCUCCCCGGCUCUGCCCCAGCUCCGGGUGAUGUAGGGUAAGUGCCGACCCUGUGAAAUGGCUUAGCUGAUGGACGCGCCGGGGGUGCUGUGGGGUUCACGGCUGGUAGCAGCGAGUUGCUCCCCCGGGGGGUGCUGCCCGCCCAGCCGUGCCGAGCCUUGUGUCCCCUCCCUCCCCGUGUGCAGCGUGGAAGUGAUCCGCCUCGGCCACAGCUACUUCAUCAACUGGGACAAGAAGAUGUACUGUGCGCAGCGCCAGACGCCGGCCGAGGCCCGCACCACCACGCUCAACGAGGAGCUGGGCCAGGUGGAGUACAUCUUCUCCGACAAGACCGGCACCCUCACCCAGAACAUCAUGGUCUUCAGCAAGUGCUCCAUCAACGGGCGCAGCUACGGUGACGUGCUGGACGUGCUCGGGCACAAGGCGGAGCUGGGGGAGAGGACAGAGCCGGUCGACUUCUCCUUCAACCCGCUGGCCGACCCACGGUUCCGGUUCUGGGACGCCAGCCUGCUGCAGGCCGUGCAGCUCGGCAACUCCCACGUGCACGAGUUCUUCCGCCUGCUCUCGCUCUGCCACACCGUCAUGUCCGAGGAGAGGAAGGAAGGGGAGCUGUACUACAAGGCGCAGUCCCCGGACGAGGGGGCGCUGGUCACGGCCGCCAGGAACUUCAGCUUCGUCUUCCGCUCACGCACGCCCAAGACCAUCACAGUGCAGGAGCUGGGCCGGGCCGUCACCUACCAGCUACUCGCCAUCCUGGACUUCAACAACGUCCGCAAGCGCAUGUCCGUCAUCGUGCGCAGCCCCGAGGGCCGGAUCCGCCUGUACUGCAAAGGGGCCGACACCAUCCUCCUGGAGCGGCUGCACCCGGCCCACCACGAGCUGCUGAGUGUAACCACCGACCAUCUGAAUGAGUACGCCGGCGAGGGGCUGCGGACGCUGGUGCUGGCCUACAAGGACCUGGAGGACGGGUACUACGAGGAGUGGGCCGAGCAGCUGCUGCGAGCGAGCACGCCCUCCGAGGGCCGUGAGGACCGGCUGGCCCGGCUCUACGAGGAGGUGGAGCGGGACAUGACGCUGCUGGGGGCCACCGCCAUUGAGGACAAACUGCAGCAGGGCGUCCCCGAAACCAUUGCCAUCCUAACGCUGGCCAACAUCAAGAUCUGGGUGCUGACCGGGGACAAGCAAGAGACGGCCGUGAACAUCGGCUACUCCUGCAAGAUGCUGACGGACGACAUGACGGAGGUGUUCAUUGUGACCGGCCACACGGUGCUGGAGGUGCGGGAGGAGCUCAGGAAAGCCCGGGAGAAGAUGAUGGACUCGUCGCGUUCCAUGGGCAACGGCUUCUCCUGCCAGGAGAAACUCGCCUCUUCCUCGUCGGCGUCCCGGCUCACCUCCGUGCUGGAGGCCAUCGCGGGCGAGUACGCCCUGGUCAUCAACGGGCACAGCCUGGCCCACGCGCUGGAGGCCGACAUGGAGCUGGAGUUCCUGGAGACGGCCUGCGCUUGCAAGGCCGUGAUCUGCUGCCGCGUCACCCCGCUGCAGAAGGCCCAGGUGGUGGAGCUGGUGAAGAAGUACAAGAAGGCCGUGACGCUGGCCAUCGGGGAUGGCGCCAACGACGUCAGCAUGAUCAAGACUGCCCACAUCGGCGUGGGCAUCAGCGGGCAGGAGGGCAUCCAGGCCGUGCUGGCUUCCGACUAUUCCUUCUCCCAGUUCAAGUUCCUGCAGCGCCUCCUGCUGGUGCACGGCCGCUGGUCCUACCUGCGCAUGUGCAAAUUCCUCUGCUACUUCUUCUACAAGAACUUCGCCUUCACCAUGGUCCACUUCUGGUUCGGCUUCUUCUGUGGCUUCUCAGCCCAGACGGUGUAUGACCAGUACUUCAUCACCCUGUACAACAUCGUCUACACCUCGCUGCCCGUGCUCGCCAUGGGGGUGUUCGACCAGGACGUGACGGAGCAGCGCAGCAUGGAGUACCCCAAGCUCUACGAGCCGGGCCAGCUCAACCUACUCUUCAACAAGCGGGAGUUCUUCAUCUGCAUCGCCCAGGGCAUCUACACCUCCGUCCUCAUGUUCUUCAUCCCUUACGGCGUCUUCGCCGACGCCACCCGCGACGACGGUGCCCAGCUGGCCGACUACCAGUCCUUCGCUGUCACCGUGGCAACCUCCCUGGUGAUCGUGGUCAGCGUGCAGAUUGGGCUGGACACGGGGUUCUGGACGGCCAUCAACCACUUCUUCAUCUGGGGCAGCCUGGCUGUGUACUUCGCCAUCCUCUUCGCCAUGCACAGCGACGGCCUCUUCCAGAUGUUCCCCAACCAGUUCCGCUUCGUGGGUAAUGCCCAGAACACGCUGGCCCAGCCCACGGUCUGGCUCACCAUCACCCUCACCACCGUGGUCUGCAUCAUGCCAGUCGUGGCCUUCCGCUUCCUCAAGCUAGACCUGAAGCCCGAGCUGUCGGACACGGUGCGCUACACCCAGCUGGUGCGGAAGAAGCAGCGGGCGCAGCACCGCUGUAUGCGGCGGGUGGGGCGUGCUGGCUCGCGGCGCUCCGGCUACGCCUUCUCCCACCAGGAGGGCUUCGGUGAGCUCAUCAUGUCGGGCAAGAACAUGCGUCUCAGCUCCCUGGCGCUCUCCAGCUUCGCCGCCCGGUCCAGCUCCAGCUGGAUCGAGACCCUGCGCAAGAAGAAGGGCGGAGACAGCACCGCCAGCAGCCCCAGCGGGGGGGCCGACAAGCCGCUCAAGGGGUGAGGCUGGGGGGCUCCGAUUCUCACCCCCGCCAGGGGCUGGACGGCCCGGCAGUGCCCCCAGCUGUUCCCACGCGGACCCCGGCUGGCAAGGGGUAGGGGCGCCCGGGGAGGCGCUCCAGGUGCUGAGGUUUGGAGGCGUCGUCUGGACCACAGCCAACCGUGUAACCAAAAAACCCCCGUCCAGACGGCCCGGCGGCCCCGGCGCGGCGCCCUCGUCCGGAGCCCGGGCGCAGAGAGCGCCGGCAGCGUCUUGUAUCGGGACAUCCACCCGCCCGGAGUGUCCAGCUACCCUGCGUCACACGCGAAUGUAACAUGCUGGAGACACGGGGAGGGGAGGGCCUGGCAGCGUGUCCCCCGCCCCCUCCGCCGCCACAGGUGUCUUUUUUCUAUCAACUGAGAAAAGCAGCAGCAAACGGAGCCCCCACGUUUACAAAGUGACUUCUCUGUCCCCGCCGGCACUGGCUGCUUCUCGGGGGGAGCCGGCUGAGCAGAGAGGGACACAGACGCUCUCCCCACGCAGGCAGCGUGAGUCCCAGGGCUGCGUGAGCGCCCCAGAGGGGGCAUGGACCGGGGUGGGGGGACCCUGGGCUGGGAGAGGGAUGCCCUGGCACGGAGGCAUUAUGGGCCCUGCCCUCUCUGGAGCAGGGCAGGUGCUGUCGCAAGGCUGGGCCCUCUCCUCUGCCCCAGCUGGUUUCUACACAUGGUGAAACCGUACAUGGCUGGGUGGAGACCCAACCCCCUGGGUGCUGCGCCCAGUCAGUGCCCGCCCCUGGGAUGGAGGGCUGUGGCCCCUGGAGCCAGGGAGCAAACUGGGCCCUAGGGAGCUGUUACAGACCAGAGCAAAACCGUGGUGGGAAGGCCACGGAAACACCCAAUGUCUGACCUGAGUUGGGCUCUGGGGGUUCCUGGUUGCAGGGGCAGCCCUGAGGGUCUCCCAGCUUGGGGGGGGGGGGCGCAGCCAUGGGACCCUUGGCUGGCACUUCUCUCCCCCCCUUCCACCCCCAGCUGGUGGAGCUUGGCUCUGACCUCGUGCGACCUCUGCCCAGGUCCUGGGACCAGCCCAGCUGAUGGAUUCGAAAGGGGAACCACCCCCCCCACCCCAGUUCUUUGCUGCGUGCCAGAGGCUCAGGCGAGGGGCCGGGUCCUGGGGUCAGCGUUGUUGACGGGCUGAUUGUGAUUCAUUCCCCGCACCAGGGAGCCUUUCACAAUCGCCUGGUGUUCUGGGCCCUGUUUCCCUUCCCCUCUGUGCUGGGAAUAGGCGGGGGUGGGGGGCGUGUCUCCUGAGCCACCUUCCUUGGGGCUCCCCAGCCAUCCACCUCCCGCCCAUGCUCCCCCAGCCUGCUGGCCGCCCCCUCAUGCAGCACUGGCAGGUGCACGGCCCUUCUCUCGCACACGUAUUCGUAGCUCACCUCUGCACGCUUCUUGUGAUGCAUUCCUCCUGUCCUUUGCACAGCCCCUCCCCACCGGUACCACCCCCUGGCACGCACACUGCCCAUGCCCGGCUCACUGCUGUCAGUGCCCCCAGCUGCUGUGGGUCCCGAGAGCUAGGGGGGCCCCUCGGAGGUAGAGUUGCUUGAGGCUGCAGGAUGUCGGAGACCCUGGGCUGUGGCCAGGCUGGGAAAGAUCCCGGGGCCCCUAGGAUGGGGAUCAGCUCAGGGGCCGGCCCCAGUGAGGUGGGAUCCAGCUGGAGGCAGAGGGCUGAAAAGGCCCCCUGGGGAGGGGGCCCAAUGGGCCCAGGCCAGUCUUGUGCAGGGGAUGCCUCCUGAUCCACCCGCCUCCCUCCCCUUGAUCUGUCUGUGCAGGGUGCCAAAUCCGAUGGGGGGGGGGAUAAGGACCCAGUGUUCUCGCCCCCCAUCCCAUUCUGCCUUUGAAGGUGAGGGGCCUUGCAAGCCAGGGGCAGGUUCAGGUGGGGGGGAGGUGUCACAGGGCACCCCCAAGGGUUACAAGGC